AUGUAUAUUGAUUUAUUUCAAAAAACUUGUGGUGGGAAAUUUGACUUUAUAUUCAAGGAUUUUGAUAGGCAUUCCAUAGAAACCUCAAUAUUUUUAUUUGAAGAGCAUUUAAAAAAUUUUUGCAAACAAAAGUUACAUUCAUUAAGUUUUGAUGGAUGGAGCUCCAAAAAUUCGAAGCACCAUUUUAAUGCUUAUAAUGUUAUGGUGUUACUUCCUGGUAAAGGAAAAAUUAGCUAUUUAUUAGAUUUAAUUGUUGAUGGUGCUAAGAAUAGUAAUGACAUAACAAAUGAAUUAAAACAUAUGGUUGUUAACUACAAUAAUUUGGUACCAAAUGUCGUUGCUUCUGUUUCAGAUAAUGCUGCUUCUGUAAUAAAAGCGAAUAAGAACUUUUGUGGUACUCGCAUAGAACAAGUUCGUUGUUUUCCACAUAUUUUGGGUAUUAUAUUUAACACAAUCUACAAAAAUAUAACAAUUAUCAAAGAAGAUACUGAUAUCAAAAAUCAAUUUGUUGACGUAAGUGAUAUUUGUGCCCAACAAGUGAUUGGAAAGGAUAGUAUCAGUGAAGAUUAUAUUCGAACAAGAUUAACAGAAUACAGUGCAACGGCAUCACACACAUCUCAAGAUGCAGUUAUUGACAAUGGUGAAGAUAAUUAUUCAACUUCUAAAGAGAUAUCUGAUGACUUGGUUUCGUCUUUGAUUGAAAAUACUAUAGAAUCGUCAGUAACUGAUGAAGGUUUAGAAAAUUCAGUGUUUGAUUUUAAAGGUUUGAGACAGGCAAUUAAAAAAGUUCAUUCAUUGCAUAACUCAUUUGCCCGUAAUAGAAAUACAAUCACAGAAUUUUCGAAAAAAAUUUUGAAUAAGGAGUUAACUAUAAAAUUUGCAUGUAAAACUCGAUGGGGAAGUUAUUAUGAGCAACUAAAAAGAUUUAUUGAAUUAAAACCCGUAUUUCAAUCAGAUUUGUUCAUAAGUGAAUAUGGUUCAAAAGAUUUUAUUUUGACGGAGAAACAAUUUGAUUUGAUUUUAUUGAGAUGUUUGCUGAUCACAUGA